AUGCCUGGGGCACCAAAUAAGCGGCAAAACCGCCAGAACUUUAGCCACGCCAAGGAUCAAGCUGGUGUCGCGAGACUCCCACGGAAACGAUUCUAUCGACAGCGUGCUCAUGCCAAUCCCUUUUCAGAUCAUACCCUUGAAUACCCGUCAUCUCCGGAGGCAAUGGACUGGUCAUCGUACUAUCCGGCAUACGCAGCAGACACAUCCCCAGCGGAAUCGACUCACCUUCAAAAGUUGACAAAAGACGUGGAAGUUGUGGAUAUUGGAUGCGGCUUUGGAGGUUUACUUGUCGCAUUGGCCCCUCUUUUACCAGAGACCCUGCUGUUAGGACUGGAAAUCAGAACAAGUGUAACACAGUUUGUGCAGGAAAAAAUAUGGGCACUGCGGGAGCAAAAUGAAGGCAAGCUAUACCAAAACGCCGCCUGUAUACGAGCCAACACGAUGAAGUUUCUCCCCAACUUCUUCAAAAAAGCCCAACUGAGCAAGAUUUUCAUCUGCUUCCCCGACCCACACUUCAAGGCUAGAAAACACAAGGCAAGGAUUGUCUCAACAACAUUGAAUUCAGAGUAUGCUUACGCCCUGCGACCUGGUGGUAUUGUAUACACCAUCACGGAUGUGGAAGCUUUGCACCAAUGGAUGGUGCAGCACCUGGAUACUCAUCCCUCAUUUGAGCGGGUUUCCGAGGAGGAGGUGGAGAAAGAUGAGUGUGUCAAAGUUAUGCAGAAUGAGACGGAAGAAGGGAAGAAGAAAGCUCCCGUAGCUCCAGUGGCCCUCAGCAUUAUCGAUAAGAGCACUCUUCUCAACUGUUACUUGUACGGAGUAGUCUGUAGACAAGGCUCCACGCCUCUUAUCGCUCCCUGGUUUCAAGUGUUCCCUGCAACCACUCGAGAUACCAGACCCCUUCGACCUUCGACACUUGACCUCCACAAAGACCCCCGAUUCCUCAUACCUGGUAACCAGACGUCAGACCAUGCUGCUCCAUCGUCCGCAGCUCCGGCCAUGGCCUUAAAGCAGAGAGAUGUGGCUAUCGCUGCCGUAGCUGCCUUUGUUGCUUGGGGUUAUGCUGUGAGCUGGUUCUCCGUGUUGCGAUGGGCCGGCUAUGCAUUCGUCGCCGGCAUCCUUGUCACCAUCAUCGGCCUCGUCGCAACCUUACUAUUGACCGCGCAGCGACCUAAACAGAAGCCGUAUCAACUUCCUAGAGCAUCUUUUAUCGGCGCCGGUCGGUGGAAGAAAGAAGUGUCCGCUUUGAGGAAACGACAAGCCUACGAGAAGCAGAGACUGGAGCUGGGAUGCUCACCGCAUGUCCUUGAUGCCGUCGAUGGCCUGUUGGACCUGAUUCUUCGCGACUUUGUGUGCAGUUGGUAUUCUCAUAUCAGCCGGAACCCGGUCUUUCCGAACGAGGUUGAUCGGGCAGUGCGCCUGGCAAUUACGAAUCUGCUCGAAUCGUUGCGUGACAAAGAUCUGGCCGAGAUUGUUACGAGUCGACUUAUCCCCAUUCUCACGGCGCACUUCCGCGAUUUCUACGACGCUGAAAAGUCUGUGCGAGGCAGAAAGUUAAACCGCUCGGUUACGGAAUCCGAAGAGCUGGACCUUGCCAUUGCAUCCAAGUACAAAGAUGGAAGUUUGCACCCUGCUGCGUCGCUCUCUUUUCCGGAUACCAAGAUUGUGCAGCAAGAUUAUCUACGGUCACUGGCCGAAAGAAUUGUCCCCAAGGUGCUGCCUGGGAAAAUGCUAGCUAGCCGAUCUGUGUCUAUUAUUAUCCGGGAGAUUGUUAGCUGUGCUGUUCUGUCUCCCGUUCUACAGUUAUUGUCAGAUCCCGAUACCUGGAACCAAGUCAUGGAAAACUACGGCCGCACCAUGUUGCAAGACAGAUCGACAGUUCGUAAGCUCAGGGCAGCUCUUGAUCAGCAUGCGUCACCAACACCUCGAACGGUGAAAAUGGCACCGGCUCCCCGACUUGCGCCAGGCGACAGUGAGCGCAAGUUCGAAAAGUUUAUUCGGGCCAUACGAAAAGUAAACAACUUGUCGGAUGCACGCCGUUUCCGCAGCGAGGUCGCUAGUCAACUGAAACGAGAUUCGCUACAGGUGAAUCAGGACCCGGCGUAUUUGCGUCGCCUGGAAAUGGGCAAGCGAUUAUUGGAUCAAAGGGUUCAGCAUCUGGCUGCUGGAGGUGAUCGACAGCCUGUUUCAUUUAACCCAGCACCUGCACCUGGUGCUUCUGUCACAUCCAAGUUGGAAAAUGUCUCUCUUGUGGAACUUUUGAGAGACGCAUCUGGACUGUCGUAUUUCAUGGAAUACAUGGACCGGCAGCGCUUAAUGUCUCUGGUACAGUUCUGGCUUGUAGUUGAUGGGUUUCGAAAUCCAUUGGAAGACGAUGGCCAAGAGGAUGAACCGGCCUCCUCCAACCUACCUAUGUGGUCCGACUCUGACCGAAUGGACCUGCAGCAAAUCAACCAAGCGUAUUUGUCGAAGCCUGAAUUGCAUGUUCCAGAAUCGUCGCGCCGGGAGGUCCGUCAGUUUCUUGAAGCUGGAAAAUCUGCAACGCCUCUGCAAUAUCAUCGAGCCAGGAAAUCUAUUUUAAAAGCACAAAGUGCAGUAUUGGAGGAAAUGCAGUCGCAACACUACCACGGUUUCAAGAAGUCUGAUUUGUACUACAAGUGCCUUGCCUCACAAGAGUCGUCCACGGCGAACUUGGCACCGCCUCCUUUACCCCCAACUCAUCCACCUGCAACUCGAGCACCACAAUCUUACCAGGCCAGGCCAAAGCCGGUUUCUCGACUUGCAACAUCGGCUUCCAGCUACACCACCAGACGAUCCGAUUCUACAUCGGACCUGCGGGGCAUUGAUGGCAACUCUAACGGGCCAGACCCUCUGACACAGUCUCGGCGGUCGCUGGAUGAGACUGGCUCAGCACCACUGUUUGAUGACGAUGAUGUAGACAAUGAUGGGUUAAUGGACUCGGUACACAGUGCUGGUGAACCUGAACUACCGCUACAGGUGACCCCAGAUACACACGUUGUUCAAGCUGUCGAAGAAGCCCUGAACAGCAUCAUGGAUGAUGACCGCCCUCAAACUGCAGAAGAUCUGCGAGCCUCGCUAUUUGGAGACGCCGAAGACGCUGAAGGAAGCUUCUUGACGAACAAUGACCGCGAGUCCAAUCGGGGCUCAAUGGAUUCUGGACGACCCGUAAUAGCCGUCAAAGAUCAGGAGAAGCCUAGUUUGUCGUCCUUGGGUUUAGUGAGCGCGGCGUCCCGAAUCGGCGUUUUUGUGGAUGAUGAUUUGUUUGGAGAUGAAGAUAAAUUUCUCGCAGACGAGGUUGAAGAUGCCGAAGAAGGCAAUACCGACAAAGACGAAGACGACGAGGUCCAUGAAGCAGCACCGGGUGACCUCGGUCUUGCUGAAGCUAUAACCGCUUUGACCAACGAUAUUGACCGUCUUGUUGCGCAAGAAGCCAUUGUAGACUCGUUGACGCGAAAGGCUGAGCUAACAAACAACACAUCCGAGUUGCGAAUUUUGCGCAAGUCCAAGGCAAGCUUGCAAAGAGAAAUCCGACGCAAGGAGCUUCAACGACAGCAGUAUGUUGUUCAGGAGAGUGACAAUAGUCUCUACGGCCGGUCUUCAGUCAAGAUCAAGUCAAUUCAAGUUGGAAGGGAGGACGAUGGCAGAGAAUUUGCCAUGUAUGUUGUCGAAGUGCAACGGAACGCUGGUGAGCAAAUGCCUGCCGCGUCGUGGAUAGUCACAAGACGAUACAGUGAGUUCCACGACCUCCACCAGAAGCUACGAUCCAGAUAUCCAUCAGUAAGGAACCUAGAUUUCCCUCGCCGACGAGUUGUCAUGAAAUUCCAAAGCGAAUUCCUCCGCAAGAGAAGAGAGGCCCUAGAGAAGUAUUUACGAGAGCUACUUCUCCUCCCCGAAGUAUGUCGUAGUAGAGAACUUCGCGCGUUCUUGUCCCAGAGUGUGAUUACCCCUGGACAGGAUAUCCUGGAUCGCGAAGACAAGAAGGACAUUGUAUCCAGACUUUAUGACUCUGUCGCGGAUGGCAUGGACGAUAUUUUGGGCAAUAUUCCUGUCUUGGACCAGAUAUCUGUGGCUGGCCAGAAUCUCAUUGCCGCCGCCACGAACCAACUCAAUGCGAUGCCACUCAACGUGAAUGAAGAAGCCUUCCCGGCCGCAGAGGCAGAAGCGGAACUGAACGCAUUCGAAAACAAAGAACUGGAGCCUUUCAUCAAGCCUAUCUGCGACAUCUUCUUGGAAGUAUUCGAACUGAACAGAGGGAAUAAUUGGCUUCGUGGGCGCGCAGUUGUCGUGGUCCUACAGCAGCUUUUGGGAGGCACUAUUGAGAGGAAGGUGCGCGACAUUGUCAAGAUGCUGCUGCAGGAUGAAUCUAUUCUGCGAUACAUUGCUCUGGUGGAGGACAGCAUGUGGCCCAACGGGGUAUUGCAGCGCGAUAGGAAGCCAAGAUCCGAAGCGCAAAAGAAGAAGACUCGCACGGAAGCAAGCCUCAUGUUGGCCACACUUGUACCGGACUUGGCAGGGAACGUCGUUGGCAGAGCGAAUGCGCAAACUGCUAGUCGGCGUAUCUUUGCUACUUUGAACAAUUCGCGACUUAAGUGA